ACUCUCUCAUAACCUCAUUCUAAUUUCCAGAACUCUUCCAAAUUCCCCAUAUAGAACCCAACCCUAGACUAGAAGCCCUAAACAGAAAAGAUACAACUAUUCCCGGUGGUAUAACAUAAUGGUGUAGAGAGGCUCCUACUAUCCGACCAUCAAUCAAUCGGCAAAGCACUAUGGGUUUCGAUGAACAGAUGGGUUGGAAAUCCGCAGAGGAGAAACGGUACAAGAGAAGGUCAAAGGAGAAAGAGGGUGAGGCAAGAGUCGAGACGAUGGGUCGAUGUUCUUUUUAUAAUGACCUUCUUCCAGCGAAGGCAGGUGUUGGGAAGAAACUGAGUGACAAUAGAGGAGGAAGUGAUGCUGUUGUUGCUGAAGGCGAAGCUGUGGAUGCAACUGCCUGGGGGAGCGAAGAAGCAGCAGUACAGAAUAGGAAGCAGGAAAGAAGAGGGAUGGAGGAAGUGCCUAUUCGGAGUUCUCUCUGUUUUGAGAAAGCCGCUGUUUCUAUUAGCUGCGGCACUGAUGAAAUAAGAGGCAGAGUGAUGCCUAUGCAAGUGAGUGACUUGACCAAAGUAGGGAAGGGGAAAAGGGGGAGAGAUGGUUCUAAGUACGGGAGUGGAUUAGACCCUCUUUCUCCAAUGACUAAUUGUAUUAAGGGUUGCUAUGACAGUGAAGAAAAAUCCUCAAAGAAGAUAAGAAUGGGUUGCAGGGGGGGUGCUGUUGUGAAAGCUCGCAGUUUUGAAGAUGGAAAUGUAGGUAGUGGUGUGGCUAGAGAGGGAAAUGAAGCAAAAAAGAACACAAGAAGACCCUCAAAUAUGAGGGUGGAGGAGAAAGAGGUGGAUGGAGUAACCAAGGCGAGUUCUUCUUUUGCUGCUGCUGCGGCCUCUGCUCGAGAGGAAGAUGAAAAGAGGAAGCUGGAAUGGUGUACGGAAGAAAAGCAAGGCUUCCUCCUUUCCAACAUUGAUGACAAGAAAGCUGCUGAUGAUAAUGAUGAUGAAGAAGUUAAGUUGGAUUCUAGGAGUACAGAAUAUAGAGGGGAUGAGGCUGCUAGACCAGUGUGUCGGAACAUUGAGGAUGAUCUGGCUCAAUUUACAUACAUACCAGAAAAAGAUGGCAGAAUAAGUCCGCUAAAGGAAAAAAAGAGGUGCUUGCAUAUAGAACCCAACCCUAGACUAGAAGCACUAAACAGAAAAGAUACAACUAUUCCCGGUGGUAUAACACUAUGGUGUAGAGAGGCUCCUACUAUCCGAUCAUCAAUCAAUCGGCAAAGCACUAUGGGUUUCAAUGAACAGACGGGUUGGAAAUCCGCAGAGGUGAAACGGCACAACAGAAGGUCAAAGGAGAAGCAGGGUGAGGCAAGAGUCGAGACGAUGGGUCGAUGUUUUUUUUAUAAUGACCUAUUUCCAGCGAGGACAUGUGUUGGGAAGAAACUGAGUGACAAUAGAGGAAGUGAUGCUGUUGUUGCUGAAGGCGAAGCUGUGGAUGCAACUGCCUGGGGGAGUGAAGAAGCAGCAGUACAGAAAAGGAAGCAGGAAAGAAGAGCGAUGGAGGAAGUGCCUAUUCGGAGUUCUCUCUGUUUUGAGAAAGCCGCUGUUUCUAUUAGCUGCGGCACUGAUGAAAUAAGAGGCAGAGUGAUGCCUAUGCAAGUGAGUGACUUGACCAAAGUAGGGAAGGGGAAAAGGGGGAGAGAUGGUUCUAAGUACGGGAGUGGAUUAGACCCUCUUUCUCCAAUGACUAAUUGUAGUAAGGGUUGCUACAACAGUGAAGAAAAAUCUUCAAAGAUGAUAAGAAUGGGUUGCAGGGGGGGUGCUGUUGUGAAAUGCCGCAGUUUUGAAGAUGGAAAUGUAGGUAGUGGUGUGGCUAGAGAGGGAAAUGAAGCAAAAAAGAACUCAAGAAGAAGCUCAAAUAUGAAGGUCACAGAGAGAGUAAUCAAGGCGAGCCCAUGUCUUGCUACUGUCCAGGAAGAUUUAGUUUCUCCAUCUUUUGUGCAAUAUCCCAGUUUUAAAGAUGGAAAUGUAGGUGCUGUUGUUAGAGAGGUAAAAGCAGCAAAAAAGAAGUCAAAAAGACCCUCAAAUAUGAGGGUGGAGGAGAAAGAGGUGGAUGGAGUAACCAAGGCGAGUUCAUCUUUUGCUGCUGCUGCUGCGGCCUCUGCUCGAGAGGAAAAUGAAAAGAGGAAGCUGGAAUGGUGUACGGAAGAAAAGCAAGGCUUCCUCCUUUCCAACAUUGAUGACAAGAAAGCUGAUGAUAAUGAUGAUGAAGAAGUUAAGUUGGAUUCUAGGAGUACAGAAUAUAGAGGGGAUGAGGCUGCUAGACCAGUGUGUCGGAACAUUGAGGAUGAUCUGGCUCAAUUUACAUACAUACAAGAAAAAGGUGUCAGAUUAAGUCAACCUGCUGCUGCUGGUACUACAAAAUCGUCAUAUUCAAGGGCGGCAGGUGGUGGCCAUGGCCAAAGGCUUAAGAAAAGGGCGGCAGCAGGUGGCCACGGCCAAAGGCUUAAGAAAAGGGCAACAGCAGGUGGCCACGGCCAAAAGCUCAAGAAGGCCGGAGAAACUAAAACUAAACCUGUUUUAACCGCUGCUCAGAAGCGAGAUGAAGCUUACCUAAGGAAGAUGCCAGGUAACAAUUGGAACCCGCCCCGUUCACCUCAUAAUCUCAUUCAAGAAGAUCAUGUCCAUGAUCCGUGGAGGGUUCUUCUCAUUUGCAUACUACUUAAUUGCACACGUGGGAAAAAGGUUAGCAAAGCUCUACCAGAACUAUUGGAUUUGUGUCCAAACGCAAAGGCUGCUUCAGAAGUUGAUGUCGCGCAAAUUGAACAAAUUGUGGAACCAUUAGGCUUAUGCAGGCAAGUUAAGAUUCAGCGUUUUUCUCGGGAAUAUUUGGAAGAUAGUUGGACUCAUGUUACCCAGCUGCAUGGUAUUGGCAAGUAUGCUGCUGAUGCCUAUGCAAUAUUUUGUACUGGCAAAUGGGAUCGCGUGAAACCAGUAGAUCACAUGCUUGUUAAAUACUGGGAGUUUCUCCACACUUCAAGCCAAUUGAGGGAUGAGACGCGUGUUUAGAAAGUGUGUGAUUUUCUUACCACAAAAGGUAAUGAGGGAAUGGUAAAUUUGGCCUUAGUAUAUCUUAUUAGCUAUUUAACGACCACGUGCCAAGGGGAGGCGGCUGCCUCUUCAUGUGGACUAUCAUUUUGUAACCGAACUUUUUUUGGGUAUCAAGUAGAUGAUGACAUACUUUUAUCUCAUUACAUAUUUACAUAUAAUCUCAUUACAUAUAUCUUCU